AUGGCCAGUAGUGUAGUUCUUUAUUCAUUUAGAGACAGAAACUGGAUAAAAGUAGGUGAGAGGCUGCUGCUCCUUAAUGACGUCGGCGGCAGUCGGCACGGAGUACAGGGAGGUUCCGGGCCGCUCCGCGCGGCGCGGCAGCGCCACGGUCGCGCAGUCUCCGUGCAGUAUAGCCCGGCGCGGCGGCUAUCGACCGUAGCAGAAAGUAAGCAACGGGUUCUGUCGGCCUGGAAGGGGCAGAGUGGGGGGAGGGGCGGCGAGGGGAGGGGCUCGGAUGCGCUGCACUCGAGCCCGCGGCGCGGCCCACGUGACUGGCGCGUUCGGGGCGCGGCCGCGUCUGCCCCAGCUGCAGUCGAGUCGCGAGUGCACAGUGUUCGGGCGCGGGCGCGGAGAGCCGUCGCAGACGUCAACAAACCGGCAGCUGUCGCGCGCGCGGCCCAGUGGAAGAUGCUGCGCUCGCCGUCGCACGAGUCCGUCACCACGGACCUGUCGCUCUUCUCCGUGUCGUCUCUGGCGUCCGAGGCCGGGACGGGGCGGCGCCUCGUCACCUUCAAGUCUUACAGCGAGGCGCAGCUGGCGGCGGCGGCGGGCGGCGUCGCGGGGGCUGGGGGCGCCCCUGGAGGCAGUGCGGCCAGGGGGCCCAGCCCCAACCCCGACACCAGGCACUCCAGGCCUGCUGACAUACCGGAGAUACUAUGGUUCGAGGAGGAGACGGAACUGAUUCGCAGCUGUGGCGCCCUCAGCUCUGCCCUCGGACUGCAGAAGAGCUUCAGCACGAGCGACAUCAGCCAGCUGCCGUCGCCGCAGGGCACGGCGGCCGCGCGCUGCGCCGUGUCGGAGCUGGCGCUGUGGGGCGACGCGACGCACGCGCGCCUCGAGCCGGCGUCGCGCUCCUGCUCCACGUGGGUGGCCGUCGGCGACGUCGCCUCCACGUCGCAGCUGCCCUCGCCGCACGGCGCCCCGCCGCCUCCCGUUCCCGCCUUCACUGCCGCAGAUCUCAUCCGCUCCGUCAACAAGAAGGUACGUAAUCCCUCCAGCGCCUGUCUGCGUCACUCGACUUAG